AUAUUUUUAAAGACUUGAUAAGCCCAAUGAACAAAUACACUGUCCUCUAAUUCCAACGGUUCUUUGGGCAUUUUUCUCAAACAGUUGGCAGGCACACCUGAAUGCUGCUACGCUAACAGCUAUGGAGAUUCAGAUAUUUUCAUUAUCAUCAUCGGUGGUUCUUCCUUUUCCUUCCCAAUCCGGGUUAGCGUUUCGCCCAUUAACACCACCACCAAGAGCCACCACUUCCACCACCACCACCACCACUUCCACCACCACUCCACCACCUCAUAGUCAAAGCUCUAGCUCCAUCCGAGUAAUGAAAAUUCGAAAGGAUUCCAACAAUUCCUUCUCCGCAAGAAAUUCCGCCAAACUUGAAAUUCAGCAAGCUUCUCAUUUGCCCUCUGCUCUUGCAAGGGUAGGAGAAAUUUUGACAGUUAAGGACCUAAAUGCCAUUUUGCACCACUUCGGCAAUGCAAACAUAUCCGAACACGCAUCUCAGCUAUUUUCAUGGAUGCAAGAAAAUGACAAGCUUGAUGCAUCAUCUUACUCUCAUUAUAUGAGGUUCAUGGCAAGUAAAUUCGAUGUGGCUAAGAUGUUGCAGCUGUACAGCAGCAUUCAAGAUGUAUCAAUCAAGAGCAAUGUCUAUGUGUGUAACUCUGUUCUUAGUUUUCUGGUCAGGAAGGGCAAGCUCGAUACUUCUCUGAAACUGUUCCAGCAGAUGAAAGAAGAUGGUCUAGUCCCUGAUGUUGUUACAUAUAGCACGCUUCUUUCAGGUUGCAUUAAAGUUAAUGACAGAUAUCCUAAAGCACUGGAGCUAAUUCAGGAAUUGCAACACAAUGAACUGCAGAUGGAUGGAGUAAUUUACGGGGCAAUUCUAGCAGUGUGUGCUUCCAAUAGUAAAUUGGAAGAAGCAGAAUACUAUUUUAACAAGAUGAAGAAUGAAGGUCAAGCUCCAAAUGUCUAUCAUUAUAGCUCUUUGCUCAACGCGUAUUCAGCAUGUGGAAACUACAAAAAAGCUGAUAUGCUGGUUAAACAGAUGAAAUCUGAAGGGUUAGUACCAAACAAGGUCAUUUUGACAACCUUACUAAAGGUUUAUGUUAAAGGAGGAUUGUUUGAGAAGUCCAGAGAAUCAUUAGCUGAACUAAAAUCUUUGGGCUAUGCUGAAGAUGAGAUGCCAUACUGUAUAUUGAUGGACGGCCUAGCUAAGGCAGGACAAUUUGAAGAAGCUAAACUAACUUUUGAUGAAAUGAUUAAAAACAAUGUCAAAUCUGAUGGCUAUGCGCACAGUAUCAUGAUAUCAGCAUAUUGCCGAGCCAAGCUUUUUCGGGAGGCAAAGCAGUUGGCAAAUGAUUUUGAAGCAACCUCGGACAAAUACGACAUAGUUAUUUUGAAUUCAAUGCUCUGUGCUUUCUGCAGAGCUGGUGAAAUGGAAAGCGUAAUGGAAACACUAAGAAAAAUGGAUAAAAUGGCAAUCAGUCCUGACUACAAAACCUUCAAUAUACUAAUCAAAUGGAAGACAUGAUUAGUAAAGGCUAUCAACCAGCAGAGGAACUCUGUUCUACUCUAAUAUAUCACCUUGGUCGAAUCAAAGCUUAUGUUGAGGCAUUUUCCGUUUAUAAUAUGUUGAAGUAUAGCAAGAGAACGAUGUGCAAGGCAACUCAUGAGAAGAUUCUACACAUUCUGCUAGCAGGAAAUCUUUUGAAAGAUGCCUAUGUGGUAGUCAAGGAUAAUGCAACCUACAUUUCUCGCGCUGCCAUCAGAAAAUUUGCAUGUGCAUUUCUGAAGUCUGGUAACAUCAACUUGAUGAAUGAUGUUAUGAAGACCCUCCAAGAUAGUGGCUACAAGAUUGAUCAGGAUUUAUUUCAGAUGGCUAUAUCGCGGUAUUUAGGUCAUCCUGAAAAGAAGGACUUGCUUCUACACUUGCUGCAAUGGAUGCCAGGUCAAGGCUACGUGCUUGAUUCAUCAACAAGGAACCUAAUCCUCAAGAAUUCACACUUAUUUGGUCGCCAACUUAUUGCUGAGGUCUUGUCCAAGCAAAAGCUGAUGUCAAAAUCACACAAACCUCAAUAGAAUGGUCCAUGUUACAUUUAUUUAUGAUGAUCUAUGAUGAGAUAUCCAAAGCUAGAUACUAUCAUCCAUCAUACACUGUAACAAUUCAAAUUCUUUUAGGGUUUAGGAUAUAUGUACAAUAACCUACGACUGUGUAGAUAAAGUGAUUUAACCAAAUAGUAAUAAUGAUAUCCUUUUAUGAAUGUAUCUAAAAUGAUCUUUAGAAUUCAUGCCA